UUUAUCUACAGGGACUUUCUAUGAAAAUUGUGGGCUUCAUGUGGAGGUGAAUCAGUAAUCAAUAACUAAUUUCGGGUUUUGAUGAGAUACUUGAGUCUCGGUGACUUCUGAAAUCCAGAGACAUGUCGUCUUUAAGAAAUGUCUUCCGGCGCAGCUGGUCUUGUGAUGAAAAGCUGGAGGGAAAAGUUGUUGUCAUCACCGGAGCAAACACUGGCAUCGGCAAAGAAACUGCCAUUGAUCUGGCAAAGAGAGGGGCAGAAAAGGUGAUCAUAGCAUGCAGAGACAUGGAGAAAGCAAACACAGCCGUGAAAGACAUCAUCGAAAGCUCAGGCAAUGAAAAUGUUGUUUGCAUGAAACUUGAUUUGUCAGACAGCAAGUCUAUACGAGAAUUUGCUGAAGCCAUCAACAAAGACGAGCCAAAGCUGAACAUCCUCAUCAACAAUGCAGGUGUAAUGGUCUGUCCCUAUGGGAAAACAGCAGAUGGUUUUGAGAUGCAGAUCGGUGUCAAUCACCUGGGUCACUUCCUGUUGACAUAUUUAUUGCUUGACCUGAUUAAAAAGUCGGCACCAGCUAGGAUUAUCAAUGUAUCUUCCAUGGCUCACUCCUGGGGCUCCAUAAAUCUAGAGGACCUCAACAGUGAGAAGCAUUACGACAAGAAUAAAGCCUAUGCUCAAAGCAAGCUAGCCAACGUCCUCUUCACCCGAUCACUGGCUAAACGAUUAGAAGGCACAGGCGUGACGACCUACUCUCUCCAUCCUGGAGUUGUUCAGACUGAGUUAUGGCGUCAUCUGAAUGGUGUCCAGCAAUUCUUCAUGAAGAUGAUCAGUCCUUUUACCAAAAACUCUGUCCAGGGAGCGCAGACAACAAUUUACUGUGCUGUUGACCCAUCAUUAGAGAAGGAGAGUGGCGGAUACUACAGUGACUGUGCUCCUGCUAACUGCUCUGCGGCUGCCAAAGACGACAACGUGGCGGAGAAGCUGUGGGAGCUGAGCUGCAGUUUGCUCUCUUUAACGUGGGACUGAGACAUUCACAACUGAAAAUAAAAUCCUGGCAGUGUA